CAGCACUGCUGCCGUACCGUCCGAAAUAUUAUCCGUUCUUUCCCCUCUCCAUGUGAGAUUGAUCGUUUUUUCCAGAGGCGCGCAAAAUUCAGUUCAGAUGAGCGGGCUACACAGGCUAAUUUAUCAUUAUUCUGACGCAGCUCCAACUAUCCUAGCCAACAUGACCGCCCGUCGCGAUUUGGACCCUGUGUUCAUUCCGCACAUGUGAGUAAACUACGACAGGCCUAAUGCUAAAUGUGGUAAAACAUAAUAAUUCGUGUUUCUACGGUAUCAGUAUUAACCUCAGUCCAUUGCCUACUGCGGUAGUGCGAUAGUGCGCCUUCUCUACUGGAAUAAUUCGCAGACGCCGGGGGCGUGGUCUCUGACAUCACCACGCGCUGUAAUCGAGUAUUGGGAGCAGGUCUGGCUCGAGGUGUGGACCAGCCACGCAUCUUUAUACCGGGCUAUAUGGACGUCUGCUUUUAUAUUCUUCUGUCUUUUAUAUCGUGUGUAUUUUAACAAGCAAGUCGCAUAAAUUGGAUAACGGUGCACGGAUAGAAGGCAAGAGCUCUACGACAUUGAAAGUUUCCAGGUAGGGCUGGCUGGCAGCAGUGGGACUGGGACGUGUGUGAAGGCAGUCUGCUGGAGUAGUGAGAGAGAGUGCUGGACUGGAUGCCCCGCCUGUCUGCUCUGCAGUGGAUUAAUAUUAUCCAGGUAUGGGAGGGAGCUAGGGUGGCCUGUAGUGAGUUCACUGUGCUGCAACACCUGACUGACAGAACAGAGGGGACACUGGGUAGGAGGAUCCCACAUCUAUCUGUCGAACACUACCAACUUUGCACAACCUCAGAAUCUUGGGACACACCCCAUCAACCCCAUCAAGGGCUCUAGGUCACCCUGUCUGGAAACGGUGUUACUCAGUGCUACCCUCCUCUGUCCCCCCAGUCUGUCUCUGUCUCUCCUCCAUGCCCACCUCAGACCUCCUCAGGCCCUGGACACACCAGACGGGAGAGUUGAGACUGACUGACUGACUGAUAGACAGACAGACUGACUGAUAGACAGACUGACUGAUAGACAGACUGACUGAUAGACAGACAGAGGGGUGGAGCAUCAGAAGUGUACCUAACUGAGGACGAAGGACAGACCCACUGUCUGGUUUCUCCUCCUCAGUGAAUGGUGCAGUUUCUCACCAUGACUUGGAUGGGGUCACCCCAAUGCUGAUUCUUUACUAUUCUCUUCAACCCAAGGGCUACUAGACUUCAGGGUGAACACUAAAGUACUAGUCCUCGCUAAGGCAUUGGAUUUAAGUUUGCAAAGUAAAAACAGAGGACUUGAAUCAGUGACGCAGCAGAACUCAAGCCUGAGGGACUAUCGAUGAGCCUGUGACUGUCGCCAUGACAGCCUCUGACAGCAGCUUCCAGUACCGCGCACUCUUCGAGUACAAACGGGAGCAUGGUGAUGACAUCAGCCUCCAGCCAGGGGACAUCCUGACGGUCCUGAAGGCCUCUCUGAAGGACUACCAGGAAGGGGAUGAACACCGCAGCCCCAAGGGAUGGCUGCACGGCACCAACGAGCGGACCAAAGAGAAGGGCGACUUCCCCGGGACGUUUGUGGAGUACACUGGGGUGUUGAGGCAGGGGCUGCCCGCCGCCAAGCCCUGGCCCAGACCCGUUCCCCCAACCCCUGGGGGAACACAGAGCAGCGUGGGGCCCGGACCCCAGCCUACAGGGGCCGCUGCAGCAGGAGGUGGGGGGCCAAGGGAGGCCCCAGAGGUGUGUGCUCUGCCUGAACAGGUUCCUGUGGCACUACACAGGUUGAUAGAAGCUCUGGAGAGACAAGGGUUGGAGAGUGAGCCUUUGUACCGGACCACCCCAGCCUCCACCGGACCCCCAGAACUGAGACAGGCUCUAGACACAGACCCAGCGUCAGUGGAUGUGGACCAGUAUGAUCUGGUGGUGUUGUCUGAUAGUCUGAGAGGUUUCCUUCAAGACCUGCCCUCCCCCAUCAUCCCAGCCAUGGUCUACAGUGAACUGAUCUACACCGCCCAAGAGACUCAGAGCGUGGAGGAGUGUGGCGAGAAGCUGAAGAAGAUCCUAGAGUCCCCCAGCGUCCCCCAGGCCAACCACCAGCUCCUGGUGCACCUCACCAGACACUUGGUCAGGGUGGCCCAGAGUGGGGCUCAGAACCAGGCCAGCCCCAGGCUUCUAGGCCAGACCUUCAGUGAGGCCAUCUUCAAACACUCCCACUUCUGUGCGGACGUAAACCCAGAACACCACGUGAAGAUCAUGGAGGCCCUGAUUGCAGCCGGGGGACUGGUGGAGAUGCAGGCAGCCCCAGCUCUUCCUCCCAAGCCGGCCAAGCCCAUGACUCCAGUGAGCAGCAGCAACGGUGUGAAGGAAGGGGCUGAGGGAUCGUUACAGGAAGCAGAGUGGUACUGGGGAGACAUAUCAAGGGAAGAGGUGAAUGAUAAACUGAGAGACAUGCCUGAUGGGACCUUCCUAGUUCGGGACGCCUCAACCAAAAUGCAGGGUGACUACACUCUAACACUGAGGAAAGGGGGCAACAACAAGUUAAUCAAGAUCUACCACCGGGAUGGGAAGUAUGGCUUCUCAGACCCCCUGACGUUUGGUUCUGUUGUGGAGCUGAUCAAUCACUAUAGACAUGAAUCCCUGGCCCAGUACAACACCAAGCUAGACGUCAAACUCAUGUUCCCCAUCUCACACUACCAGCAGGACCAGCUGGUGAAAGAGGACAACAUUGACGCGGUGGGGAAGAAACUCCAAGAAUAUCACAAUCAAUACCAGGAGAAGAGCAAGGAGUAUGACCGGCUUUAUGAGGACUACACCAAGACUUCACAGGAGAUUCAGAUGAAGAGGACGGCCAUCGAGGCCUUCAACGAGACCAUCAAGAUCUUUGAGGAGCAGUGUCACACACAGGAACGCUACAGCAAGGACUACAUGGAGCGCUUCCACCGGGAGGGCAACGACAAGGAGAUUGAGAGGAUCAUGAUGAACUAUGAGAAGCUAAAGUCUCGUCUGGGUGAGAUCCACGACAGUAAGAUUAGUCUGGAGCAGGACCUGAAGGACCAGGCUCUGGACAACAGAGAGACUGACAAGAAGAUGAACAGCCUCAAACCUGACCUCAUCCAGCUCCGCAAGAUCAGGGACCAGUACCUUGUCUGGCUCAAUCACAAAGGAGUGCGUCAGAAACGAAUUAAUGAGUGGCUGGGGAUCAAGAACGAGAACACAGAUGAAGGGUACUUUGUCAGUACAGAGGAGGAUGACAACCUGCCACACUAUGAUGAAAAGACCUGGUUUGUAGGAGAUCUGAACAGAACCCAGUCUGAAGACCUCCUACUGGGCAAACCUGACGGAGCUUUCCUCAUUAGAGAGAGUAGCAAGAAAGGCUGCUAUGCAUGCUCUGUUGUUGUGGAGGGUGAGGUGAAGCACUGUGUGAUUUUCAGCACACCGAAGGGCUACGGCUUCGCUGAACCUUACAACCUGUACAGCUCUCUGAAAGACCUAGUCCUGCACUACCACCAGACCUCCCUGGUCCAGCACAAUGACUCCCUCAACGUCCGCCUGGCCUACCCUGUCUACACACAGAUGCCCUCCUCCUCUGGCCCUUCCCCACGGAGAUGAGCCCCCCCCAGAGCCCCAACAGACUACCCACCCUACCUACCCAGCCCCAGGAGGGAUGAGGUGACAGGGGGAUGGGGUUGGGGGGUACAGGAGUCAGCCUCAUAAUCCAAACUAGUACCCAGAACCUGAGAAAAACACCUGAGAGAGGGAAAAAAAGCAACAUAAACACUUGCUGCAACACACACGUCAGCCACCUUGGAGUUAUAUAUAUUUUUACUAGAACAAUUGGAGGGCAUUCUUUGUAAAGACUGCUUGAUUUGCACAAGGAAGUUUUAAAUGUUUGUGAAUGUGAAAAAAACGGAAGGAAAGGAGAAGAGCCGAGUUUCAGGUGACCUAAACUCCAGCAGGGACUCUUUUACAGAAAAACAUCAUCAUGAAAACACUCCAUUCUAAGGCUUUGUUUCCCGUCGUCCGUCUGUUGCCCAAAUGAUUAUUUUAUUUCAUUCCUUUUUCUUUUUUGCAGAAUUUGUUUUCCUAAUUUUUUUCAUUUGGACAAUUUAUUUAGUUUACUGCUUGUUUGCUAAAUGCAAGAGAUGAUGAUGAUGAUGAUGAUGAUGUCGAGUAUUCUCUGUCCCUCUCCGUAUGAGAAGCAAAAAUAAUGUAGCAUAACAAAUGAAGGACAGUUGUUCAGAGUGUUCCUCCAUAUAGACUGCUGCUGAAGGGUUGGGGGGAGAGGAGAGGAGAGGAGAGGAGAGGAGAGGAGAGGAGAGGAGAGGAGAGGAGAGGAG